UUCCAUCUAAAAGAAUUGCAAAAGCAAAAAACUAUUGAAGACUAAUAAAUGCUGACUUGUCAAACGAACGUAAAAUUUCCACCGAUUUUUCUAGUCAAAAUUUUGGACGGUUUAAAGGGCAGGAGCAAAGAAGCUUGGCAUUUCCCAUAGUCAAAUAGAGCAUACACGCACACCAGACCCAAACCAUUCUUGUCAAUAAAGCCUACAGAUCAAAUAUAAAAAGUUCUCAAAACUCAAAAACACAAAAACAGUUUUCACAGUUUGUUAGAAAUGAGAAAAUCGCACUCUUUGGUAAGUCUUUCUAUGCAGGCUCUCAUGAUUCCUCUCUUUCUUGUUCUCCUUCUUCCUCUUCAUGUCUCUGCCUCAGAUUCUGUAUAUGAAACCUUUGUCCAAUGCCUAUCAAACCAAACCAACCAACCAGACCAAGUUUCCAAUAUAGUAUACUCUCAGACCAACCCUUCCUACACAACCGUACUUCGAGCCUACAUUAGAAACUCCCGGUUCAACACUUCAACCACUCCAAAACCCACAAUGAUUGUGACCCCAACACAAGAAUCCCAUGUUCAAGCCACAGUGAUUUGUACCAAAAACAUUGGGAUUCAACUCAAAAUCCGAAGUGGCGGCCAUGACUAUGAGGGUAUCUCUUACAUCUCAGAUGUCCCAUUUAUAAUCCUAGACAUGUUCAAUCUUCGAUCCAUCACUAUCAAUCUUCAGGAACAAACCGCUUGGGUUGAAUCUGGUGCCACACUUGGAGAACUUUACUAUAGAAUUUGGGAGAAGAGUAAAGUUCUUGGCUUCCCUGCUGGUCUUUGUCCCACUGUUGGUGUCGGUGGCCACUUAAGCGGUGGAGGGUACGGCAGUAUGUUGCGUAAACAUGGGUUGUCGGUGGAUCAUGUUCUUGAUGCAAAGCUAGUUGAUGUGAAUGGAAAGAUUCUUGAUAAGGAGUCAAUGGGGGAAGAUUUGUUUUGGGCUAUUAGAGGAGGUGGAGGAGCGAGUUUUGGAGUUAUACUUUCCUACAAAAUCAACUUGAUUCCGGUACCGGAAACUGUUUCGGUUUUCCGUAUUGAGAGGAGUUUAGAUGAAGAGGAGAAUGUUACUGACAUUGUCUAUAAGUGGCAACAGGUUGCUCCUACGACAGAUGACAACCUUUGGAUGAGGAUGUUGGUACAGCCUGUGAGUUCUAAAGUGAAUAAGGGGGAGAAGACUAUUAGAAUCUCAAUUUUGACAAUGUUUCUGGGAAAUGCUGAGGAACUUGUGGCAUUGUUGGAUAAGGAUUUUCCUGAAUUGGGUAUGAAGAAGGAAGGUGUGACGGAAAUGAGUUGGAUUGAAUCAGCUGUUUGGUGGGCUAAUGUCGACAAUGGGACAUCCCCAUCUGUGUUGCUUGAUAGAAAUCCUGACUCGGCGAAUUUCUUGAAGAGGAAAUCGGAUUAUGUGCAGACCCCAAUUUCGAAAGAUGGGUUGGAAUGGUUAUGGAAGAGGAUGAUUGAGCUUGGGAAAACCGGGUUGGUUUUCAAUCCGUAUGGCGGAAAAAUGAAUGAGAUCCCUGCUUCUGCUACUGCUUUUCCACACCGUGCCGGAAAUUUGUUUAAAAUCCAGUACUCUAUGAAUUGGGAUGAAGAGGGAAUUGAGUUAGAAAAGAAUUACACAGCUCAGAUAAGGAGGCUUUAUAGUUACAUGACUCCAUUUGUGUCCAAGAACCCAAGAAGUGCAUUUCUCAACUAUAGGGACCUUGACAUUGGUAUCAACAACAAUGAUAAGAACAGCUAUGAAGAAGGAGAAGUUUAUGGGGUCAAGUACUUCAAUGACAACUUCCAUAGGUUGGUGAAGGUGAAGACUGCAGUUGAUCCACAUAAUUUCUUCAGGAAUGAACAGAGCAUUCCUACUAAUCCAAUUCUCUUGCCGACUGCAGGAGUCCACUCAGGCGUGACCAGAUUGUUGUUGACAUCUAUCCUAUCACUGGAGAGACUAAUGGGAGGCCUGAUGUACCUGCUCCUUGUGUGGGAUCUUCAACUUCAGAGGAUGAACUUUUGGUCGUAAAUACUACAAGCCCUCCUUAGAUGUACUGAAUUAUAUUGCUUACUUCGUAUAACAAGCUGUUCUUUUAUUUGUUUUUA